GUAGUGGUGGAGUGAACCUGCAGCAGCAUUCAACUCUUUCUAAGAUCAUCAUAGUGACUGCUCGGAGUGUGGCUUUUCCUUGUGUUCGAUCUUCACAAGCGCAGCAGAGGGAAUGGGUAAGGAGGAGUUCGAGGUUCUCAAGCUCAAGACACAUAUCCUGAAGGUGAACAUACACUGCGAUGGUUGCAGGCUGAAAGUUAAGAAGCUCCUCCAUAGGAUCGAAGGAGUCUUCUCAGUAAACGUAGACGUGGAGAACCAGAAGGUCACAGUCCAAGGGAAUGUGGACUCUGAAACUCUAAUAAGGAAGCUGACAAGAUCAGGGAAGCAUGCAGAGCUCUGGUCUGGGAAAGCCAGCGGCGACCAGAAGAACAGCCACAGCCAACAGAAGCAAGUUGCUCCACCGGUGAAGGACGGAAACAAGAACAAGAAAGACCAGGGCAAGCAGGACCUCAAAGCCCCCAAACACCAACCCAAAAAGCUUUCUCCCCUCAGCUCUGAUGAGGAUGACGAUGACGAUGGCGAGGACGACGAGGACGUUGACGAUGAGGUGCGACUGUUCGAUAAGCUCAAGCAGUUUAAUCUUCUGAUGCAGGCAAACAAUGCAGCAGCUGGUGCAAAGAAGAAUACCAAUGGCAACGCAACCGGCUUCAUGGGUGGAAAGAAGGAUGGGGCAAAUCCGAACCAGAGUCACAUGAAGCACCCAAAUGGAUCAGCGAAAAAGGGUGUAAAUGUGGCAGCCCACCAAAAGACGAUCAACACCCAUCCGAGUAAAGGGGAAGGAAGAAGGGUGACAGACAUCAAUGGCAUGACAGGUCUCGGCCUGGGUGGGCUCGGUGGAAACAGCAAUGGAGGAGGCUUCCAAGGAAAUGUCUUCCAUGGCUACGCAGGCCUCCCCUCACAUGGCGGAGGGCAGCAUCAGCCCCCCAUGAUGGUGAACAUGCAGGGAUAUCAGGCCCAUCCGUCCCCCAUGAUGAGCAAUUUUAGAGUGCAUGACAACAGAUACAUGCAGCCGCAGAUGAUGCAUCUCAGGUCCCCUCAGAUAUCCCCUUACACUGCCUACUACAAUUGCCAUCCGAGUCCUUAUCUCCAGAGCAAUCAAUCAUACAACGAGUAUGUAACUCAUCUUUUCAGUGAUGACAACACCAGAGGUUGUGUUGUCAUGUAAGGAAGCACUGAGUCAAGUAGUAGUAGCAGGAGACCUCUGUUCUUUUCCUUGCUAUGACUUCUCUGUGUAAGUUAUCGAGAGUUGGAGCUUGUUGUGUUGCAGAUCGUUACUCUGCUUUCCACUGUCUUUGUUACCACAAAAGCCAUGUCUCAUUUAC